AUGGUUGUGGCCAUGUGGAAGGAAGGUAACGAGUCUUCCUCGAGGUGCAUCGGUACACAUGGUAGUGGCCAUGUGAUAAAAAUGGACUCACCCUAUCUGCUUGUGUUUAGCGAUGAUCUUGUACGCGGUCUACGUGAGCAGGUGAUGAUGCAGGUGAAGCUGGUUCUUGUAUUAGAGGGUGAGAUGAGUUUGGUGUUAAGACAAAUGAAUAAAACUUUUUAUUCUAAUAAAGAAAUCUUCCUUCAGGAACUUAUUAAUAAUGCUUCAAAUGCUUUAGAUAAAAUUCAAUUUGAGAGUCAUACAAACAAGAAUAUUUUAGAUGAUAGGGUAAUAAGAUUGAUUCCCCACAAGGCUAACAAAACACUUUCCAUCAUUGACACUGGUAUUGGCAUGACCAAAACAGAUUUGGCAUAUAAUUUAGGAGUUGGCUUCUACUCUACAUAUUUGAUUGCUGACAAGGUUAUUGUCACCUCCAAGCAUAAGGAUCAUGAUCAAUAUAUAUGGGAAUCUCAACCAGGUGCCUCUUUCAUUGUUAAUAACGACAUCAAUGCCCAACAACCAUCAAGGGGAACCAAUAUCACCCUUUUCCUCAAGGAUAAUCAGUUAGAAUACUUGGAAGAGGUCACUAUCAAGAAUCUCGUUAUCAAAUAUUGCCAACACAUCUCCCACCGCAUUUACCUAUGGAAUGAGAAUACCAAGGAUGAUUGGCAACUUAUUAACAUUUGGUUUCAUAACCGAGAGAGAGACAGUAAACAUGUAGCUCAAAAACUUAUGAAUCACAUACCAGAUGAUUUUGUAUUCUCUAUUCUUUCUAACCUACCUUUGAAAUCUUUGAAGAGAUUUGGAUGUGUACGAAGAUCAUGGGCCCUCUUGUUUGAAAAUUCUCAUUUCAUGAACCUCCUUCGUAAUAACUUCAUAUGUAAUCACCAAUCGUACUAUGAUGAUACAUAUCUCCUGUUGAAUCUCUCUCCACUUUACCAGAAUCAUUACAAUUCCUCCUUAUUUUCAAUUUCUGGCGAGAGGUUUGAAAAUAUGGAAAAAUUAUACUAGCCUAGUCAAAU